ACUAUAAAUUGUGCAAUUCUGGUCCAGACGAAUUACACGAAUACAUAUAUAUAAUCUAUAUAUAUAGAGAGAGAGUUUGUUAUCAGCUCGGUAGUGGAUAACAAUGGCGGAAGGAGGAGAAGUGAGAAACAAACAGGUGUUACUUAAAGAUUACAUAAGUGGAUUUCCAAAAGAGAGUGAUCUGUAUAUAAGUACGGAUAAGGCUAUAUGCUUGAAGGUUCCAGAAGGUUCUAAUGGGGUUUUGGUGAAGAAUCUCUACUUGUCAUGCGACCCUUACAUGCGACUUCUGAUGCGAAAAAUCGAAGGUCCAAGUGUCUUCACUUCCUUCUCCCCUGGAUCUGUGAUAACAGGGUAUGGAGUAGCAAAAGUUUUGGAUUCAGGACACCCCAACUUCAAGAAGGGUGACUUGGUUUGGGGGACAACUGGAUGGGAAGAGUAUAGUCUCAUUACGGCACCCAAUUCCCUUUUCAAAAUUGAACAUACUGAUGUACCUCUCUCAUACUAUACAGGAAUUCUGGGUAUGCCUGGAAUGACUGCUUAUGGUUUUUACGAGAUUUGUAAUCCUAAGAAAGGAGAAUAUGUAUUUGUCUCUGCAGCUUCUGGUGCAGUUGGACAGCUCGUUGGGCAGUUUGCAAAGUUGAUGGGUUGCUAUGUUGUUGGAAGUGCUGGAAGUAAAGAAAAGGUCGAUCUGUUGAAGAACAAAUUUAGGUUUGAUGAGGCUUUCAAUUACAAGGAAGAACAUGACUUGGAUGCAGCUUUGAAAAGGUACUGUCCUGAAGGUAUUGACAUUUACUUUGAGAAUGUCGGGGGAAAGAUGCUGGACGCAGUGCUCCUCAACAUGAGGAACCUCGGUAGGAUUGCCGUCUGUGGACAGAUUUCGCAAUACAAUCUUGAUGAACCCGAAGGGGUAAAAAACUUGAUGUGCCUCGUCUACAAGAGAGUGCGUAUGGAAGGACUAAGAGUUUUCGAUUACUUUCCGGAAUAUUCUAAGUUCUUGGAUAUUGUUUUGCCUUCUAUUAGAGAAGGGAAGAUAACAUAUGUGGAAGACAUUGCUGAAGGCCUUGAGAGUGGCCCUGCAGCUCUUAUAGGGCUUUUUAGUGGCCGAAACGUCGGAAAACAGUUAGUUGUUGUUGCUCGUGAAUGAUUAAACCUUCUGGUGUACAUCCUAUAUAUUCCCACUGAUGCAUUAAGAUUGAACUAUGAAUAAAAUGUAGCCCUUCUUAAAUUAUAUUGUUUGGAUCAUCCUUGUUUGGGUGUGAGGGAUGUUGUAUCGAUGGCUAUAUUUGCUAGUGGUUUCAUGUACUUUGUAAAAAGAAAGAAUGAGAUGUGUUGUUAAACAGUAUUCAAGUACUUGUUUUGCUUAAGUGCAGCUGUUUUCACAUGUUAAUGACAUAGUAAUAAAAUGCGUCUCUUUUUAUUUAUU